CUCGCAUCUCAGAGCGGGCAAAUUGCCGAGGAAGACAAGAUCAGGAGGCCAGUAGAACACCUGACCCGAGUAGUAGGACAGGUAGAGCAGAUCAAGAAAAACGGGGAGGAGCAGCUUCCAGAUGCACCUGAGCGGCGGGGGCCGGAUGUUGCCGCCGAAGCAGCUGCUGACCAUCGUCAUCAUCAUCUUCUCCACGCUCUCCUUCAUCAAGCUCCUUCUCCUCACCAGCUCGUCGUCCUCGUCAGCGGGCUUCACCUCCCGCAGCAGCCCGGCGUGGGACGCAGACGGCGGCGGUAACGGGACGGCUAGGAGCGCGCUCGCCUCCAAGGAGCUCGCUCUGCUCCGCUCCGUCAUCGCCGCGCGGGCGCCGUGCAGGCUGCUGGUGUUCGGCCUGUCCCCGCAGCUCCUCGCCCUCGCCAAGCUCAACUUCGGAGCUGGCGCGGGGGCCGCCACCGCCUUCGUCACAGACAGCGCCGACGACGCGGACGCCGCGCGCCGCGCGCUCCUCUCCGACCGCGGGGCUGGGUCCACCGCCGCGGCGGCCGUUCACCAGACCAGGUACCGCGACGCGGCGGCGGAGGCGUGGCCGCUGCUGCGGCGCGCGCGGGGGAGCCCGGCGUGCCGGCGGCCCACGGGGACGGUGCGCAAGUCCGGGUGCCCGUUGGCGCUCACAUCGCUGCCGCGGGAGGUGCUCGACGCGCGGUGGGACGUGGUCGUCGUCGACGGACCCAGCGGGGCGGCGCCCGAGGAGCCCGGCCGGAUGGGGACUAUCUACACCGCCGCGGCGCUGGCGCGCGCCAUGGCUGGCGGCGAGGCAGUGGACGUGGCGGUGCACGAUGUGGACCGGACGGUGGAGCGGUGGUAUGCGUGGGAGUACCUCUGCGAGGACAACCUCGUCGCCGCAAAGGGCCGCCUCUGGCACUUCCGGAUCGCCGCCGGUGCGGGGCCGACGGACGCGUUCUGCUCCAUCGGCCCCGUCCACAUCUUGUAGGACUGCUGGACGAGCAAGGGCAAGAUUCCAAGAUCACCGGUGGCAUUGCCAUUUCUUUCCCAAUCGGGGAAUGGGGAUGAAAUUGGGUGAUCCACAUCUUUUGCAAAGCUCAUGCCAAGAAGAAAGAAGAUCAAGCAAUUUUUGCUUUUAGGAAAAAGAUUGAGCUGUUCAUAGAAUUAUCGAUAAAUCUGUUCAAAUCUUUUGCUGAACUAGGCAGUGGAGAGGAGCAUGUUCAAGAAGAGCCCUUCUUCUAAACAACUACACUGGUAUUUUUUUUCAUGCACUGCUUGAUUUUAGAAAGAAGAAAAAGGUAAAAGAAUGGAAUCACUUGGAGAUACAGGAGGAAGACUAAAUUAAAUUCAUGUUGUAGUUCUUAAUGCU